UCAACUGCUGUCGCUGUAUCAACAUUCAACAGCAAUUUGACUAGCAGUAGACACUGUACUUUAUAGCUUGAUUUUUACCAAUGUCAAAAGAACGGAAUCUACAUGUGCAUAUCCACGACAGAAGAUAGUCUUGCAAUUUGAACCACAAUGCUUGUUCUCAAAGUCAUUUGAUAUUGCAAAGUGAUGGGAAAUAUUUCUAUUUAAAAAGAAAAAUGGCUGAGGAGUCCUGUCCCGUGGCCCUGUCUGAGCUGUGUCUGGCCCAGGUGUGUCUCAGCCUGGACUCCCUCUGCAGUACGCAACCAGAUGGCUCCCUGAGGCUCAGCUGGGCCCCAUUGCUCCCACAGGAAAUGGCGGAUCAGCUUCUGCACAAGAUGGCUGCCCAGGGCACGCUAAACGACAGAACUGUCGGUAUCUUCCGCAGCUGUGAACAACUCCGUCUGCGCAGAGCUUGUGUCCGCUCCUCCCCCCUCUCUGCAGAGGCCUUCCGUCUGGCCCUCUGCCCUCACCGGCUGCAGGAGCUGGAUGCUUCUGGGGUCCCUGGGGGCCUUACUGGUGCCCACAUCCUCUCAGGCCUGGCCUCCAACCCGGAGUGCAGAGCCAGCCUGCAGAGGCUCACACUGAGCAGGCUCCAGUUGGGCUGGACGUCCCUGGAGGUGAAGGAAGAGCAGGUAGGCUUCAGCUCUCUGCAGGGCCUGAGGACACUUAACCUGGCCAACACAGACCUCACAGACCCCUUCCUGGAGGACAUCUGUACUCUCCCACAGCUAGAGGUCCUGGACAUCUCCAGCACCCCCGUCACGGAGCUGAGCGCCCUGCUGGGUUGCCGGCUUACCCUGAGAUCCCUGACUGCCCACGGGCUGAGGCAGCUGGACAUGUCACCCGCCAGAGUGAUCUCCAUCCUUAGCCAGCUCCACGCCCUCAGGCACCUGGACCUCUCUGACGACCGCUUCGUCUCUGCACCACCAUCCGCAGAGAAUGACGAAGGGGGGGAGGGGGAUGAAGCGGUGAGGCUGCUUCUGGAGGGGGGUUCUGGGAUUCUCCCAGCACUUGUGUCUCUGGAUGUGUCUGGAAGGAAGAAGGUGACUGAAGGGGCAGUCACUGCCUUCGUCGAGGGGAGGAGAGGGCUUUUGUUCCUGGGGCUUCUGGCUACUGGGGCUGGCUCCUGUGACGUUCUGUCUGGGAAGAAUAACUUAAAGGUGGCUGGCGAGGCCAAUGAGAAGCAGAUCUGUGAAUCUCUGAGGAGGUACAGAGAGAGAGAGUGUUUCACACGCGAGGCCCUGGUUCAUCUCUACCAGCUGACUAACGACAUGUACGACCAGACCAGACCAGACAUCCUGAAGCUUGUGUUGGGAGGGAUGCAGAACUACUCAGAGUCUCUGCAUGUCCAGCUGGUGGCCUCAGCCUGCAUCUUCAACCUGACCAAUCAAGACAUGGCUGUGGGCAUGCCCCACCCCCUGCUCAGCGCAGUUGUGCAUCAGGUGCUGGAAGCCAUGAGAAGCUUCCCCAGCCACCAACAGUUACAGAAGAACUGCCUGCUGGUGCUCUGCAGUGACACCAUCCUUCAGGACGUCCCUUUUGACAGGUUCGAAGCAGCCAAGCUGGUGAUGAACUGGCUCAGCGGUCACAUGGACCGGACCCUGCAGAGGAUGGCUGUGGCUGUCAUCUCCAUACUAGUGGCCAAACUGUCUACAGAGCAGACCACACAGCUGGGGGCUGAUAUAUUUAUUAUGAAGCAGCUGCUGGGUAUAGUGCAACAGAAAGCCAUGGCAGGAGUAGUGGACUCCACUCUGAAGUUUGCCCUGAGUGCUCUGUGGAACCUGACUGAUGAGACACCCACUGCCUCGCGACACUUUAUCCAGUGUCAGGGCCUGGAGCUGUACGAGGAGGUGCUGGAGACCUACUCUUCUGAAUCUUCUAUACAGCAGAAAGUUCUAGGUCUUCUGAACAACAUAGCAGAGGUGGAAGAGCUGCAGGCAGACAUGAUGCAGGAGGACCUGUUGGAGCAUGUAGUGACCCUGCUCCAGGGGCCCCAGGUGGAGGUGGGGGUCAGCUACUUUGCUGGGGGCAUCCUGGCCCACCUCACCUCCAGACAGGAUGCAUGGACCCUAGACCAGGGGCUCAGACAAACCAUACUGGAACAGCUGCAUGUUGCCAUACUGACCUGGGCCCUCCCUGAGCGUGAGAUGGUGUCCUACAGGUCGUUUCGGCCGUUCUUCUCCUUGCUUCAGACCUCUCAGCCUGCUGGAGUGCAGCUAUGGGCUGUCUGGGCUAUGCAUCUCGUCUGCACUCAGAACGGUGUGCAGUACUGCCAUAUGCUUCAGGUGGAGGGGGCAGUGGAACUCCUAAAGACAUUGUCCUCUGACCUUGACACCCACAGCAAUGUCAGGAUGGCAGAGAGCAUCCUGGGUAUGGUGGAGCACCACCAGACCACCAGCAAUCCCCUGAGAACACAGACAGAAAAGGGACAUCAUGGGAGGUCAUGAUGGAUCUGUGACCCUUGACCCCUUAGUCACAUGUGUGUUAAAAUAUGAAUGGGAUACCUGACAUCUCUUUCUGUGUACAGUCUACUAUAUGUAUUUUUUAGUAGUUACAUUGGUGGGAAUUAGGAAAAUAAAUAUAUUUGUUAAAUGCUCAGAAAGACACUGUUUGACAUCAGACUCCUCAAUACCUAGCUGUAUAAAUAAUUUUUCAACAACAUUCUAAAAGAUCACUGGAGUUGUUCUAGAAGUGACCUGGAUAACUGCAUAGUUGCUGCUUUUAAAAAGAAUAGCAGAGCUAUUUUUAGUCGAUAAUUAAAACAACUUUCAAAGAGACUAGAAUAAUCAGCUCUCCUAAUUAAACAGGAAUGUAAC